AUGAACGAAUCCGAUUCGCGGUCAGAACCCCGGGACGAUCAGUUCUGUCGGUUGUGCUUCCACCAGACGGUCGAUCUGUGUCCGGUGUUUCCUUCGGCAACCAUUCCGAACAAAGCGCUGCUUCAUAAGAUAUUCGACUGCACCACCAUAACGCUAAGCGUACGCGAUGAUCAUGAUGCAAACAUAUGCGCCAACUGUAUCGUCAGCAUUGAGGCCUUCUUCAAGUACAAAACAAAGUGCGUGGAAAACGAUCGGUUGCUACGGAAGAAGCGUGUCAGUUUCUUCGCCGGUCUGGGUCUAGCGGCCGAUCCGGGAGACAAUCGGUUGACGACAAUCCUUCCACACAGUAAGCGGCGCCGUUUGUCAGAAAAUGGAGACAGUAGCGAAUUGCUAACGUGCGAAGAUGAAGAGCUUGCCGUGGACCGUAAACGAUACCGAACGGAGGCAGAUCUACCCGAUGAAGAUGAUGACGAGGAGGACGGUAAUAGCAGCGUGAAGAAACCACAAAAUGGAACUCCAGCGGAGGACGGGGAUGGUGAGGAGGAUGAGGAGCUAAGUAAGCAACAUCUUGCACCGUAUCAAAUUAAGCAGGAAUCUUUCGAUGCGAACGCUGACGAAGAAAACGAUAACCGCAAGCAGCAGUACGAGCAGGAUGACGACGAGGAAGAGUACUUCAAUCCGAACCAAUUCCUAGCGCAGGAGACACAAAUAGACGAGGGAGCUGCUGGUGACGAGAUCGGAAACGAUGUCAGCUCGGACGGGGAUGGAUUUGUGCCGAAUGGGCAGGAGGAUGGCCCGCCAGCAAGCGGACACCCAUUCGAGCGUGGUUGGAAAACCAUCGAAUUCGCACCCCAGCCCGGCUCGUCCGGGUUAAAAACGUUAAAAAUCACGGACUAUUCCAAUGUCACCGGCAAGCGUGGUCGGCCGCAGCGGUUUAUGGCGGAGAUGUUAUCCAUGGCGGCGGCCGGGAGCAAUAAUCUGUUGCCAUACCAUCACGGGGAGACCGUCUAUCAGCAGUUGCAACGGCUAAAUGGGUUGGUAAGCGGUGGACGAGUACAACCGGAUGAAGUUGCGCGACUACCUUCGGUGGCAGCUAACACCUCCCAGAGUAACGCCACACCACGAACCAUUGGUGGGGUGCUCGAGCCCACCAAAAAGGUGCAAAAGUUUCUGGACGAUGGGCUGCGGGAGUUGAUCUACAAUGCGGGAGCACCGAAUCCACACUACGCGAGGGAUGGCGGAUCGACGGAUUUCAAAGUCGUGAAAGCGCGCUUCAACUCGUACAAUAUCAUAUUCGACGACAAUCGGUUCCUGCGUCGCAACAAGUCGGUUAGCGGACUUCCGAAGUGGUACUGGGCGUGCAGCGUCACUGGUUGUCCGGUGAAGAUUUGUAGCUACGCUGGGCGGUUGUUCAAAACGAACGAACUGUCGCACACUCAUCCACCGACGGAACCGGACGCGGUCAGCAAGUACGAAACCAUCCAGCCCGACCCGGUCGAGGCGGAACAGUUGCAGCGGCAGCUACUGCUGCAACAGCAGCAACAGCACCAGAUGCAACAACAGCGCCUUCUGAGACAGCAGCAGCAGCAACAGUUGUUACGCCAACGGCAGGUUGAGCUUGCGCAGCGUCGUGUUGCGGCAGCCGCUGCAUUAAUGGCUGCGGCAGCAGUAAACGCUUCCCGGACGGACCAGCCUGAGCAAAAUCCCAUUAAGCAAAUGGCGGAGCACAACAGUCGGACGGUGGGUGAAUCGGUCGAUCCGCGGAAAAACUACGAACUGCGAAUGGCAAACGAUGGUUCGGAAGUGCUGCUGUAUGGUGGACACACCCACGGACUGAUAUUGACCCGUAAGGACGGUGUGAGGGUGUAUCGAUGUACGAAUGUGAUUGGUGGCGAAGAGUCAGCACCAGGAGGACGUCUCUGUACAGACACCGUAUUCCUGCACACGGACGGUCGCAUCGUGAAGAUCUGCAAGGAAGAAACGGUGGACUACGACAUGGACCUGUCAGUGGAUGCAGCGGAUCGCUCACGGUUCGGCGCAGGCAACGCGACCGAAGAGGACGAUAAACGUCGCCGUCCGCAGAAGAUUAUCGUGUACGAGGGCUAUCGGUACAAGUACUGCCAUGCACGGCCCGAGGGUAGCUUCUACUGGCGGUGCGUACUGCGCCACGAUAAGGAUUGCCUGGCGUCCAUCCAAACGAAGCGCAAUCUCGAGUUUUUGAAUGUGAACGAUCAGCCGCACAAUCACGAUCCACCGGACCCCUCGGAACCGCACGAGAAUGCGAUGCUGUGCGAGAUUCGACUUCCGGUCAAGGGUGAACCGACCGAAGGGUCGACUGAUUUCAAGCUGGUAAAAAGUGGCCAGAAGCGGGAGUUCCUCAUCUAUAAGGGCUAUCGGUAUUACUUCCAGUACGAGUCAAAGAAUGGCCGUCGUUCGUAUCGUUGCACGAUGUUUAAAAACUGUCCGGCCGGAGCGUUUUUGCUACCGAACAGUACGAUUCAGGAAGCGAAGAACUUCAUACACACGCAUCCACCCGUGGAGGAUAUGGACAAGUAUAUCACCAAGGAUAGUUUGAUCACUAGCCCGAUCAAGCAUCCAUCGGACAGUGGAGGGAUGAACGGUUCCACAAAACGGAGCACCACGAUAGACCCUUCGGACUGGAAGAAUGUACUGGUAGCGGCAGGAAAUCCUACUGGUGGAGUUGAACCGCUCAGUAAAGAUCCAGAAGUAGCGCGCCGAAAUGGAUACCGCAUCAUCAAGAACUACAAAAACAAAGAGAUCAUGAUCUAUCUCGGGUGGCGCUACUUCGAAGACUACAAGAAGAAGAGUGGUGGACAGGUGUGGCGCUGUUCUUCCCAUCGUUUGUGCCGCGGCUCAGUACACCUCUUCCCGGAUGGGUCAAUCAACUUUGCCAAGCUCGUCGAUCACAACCAUUCGCCACCGAAGAAGAUCAUCAGUCAUUCGUCGGUCGAUGGUGGAGGUGGCUUUACGAAAGGAAUGCUUGAAGGUGGAGUGUCCGGAAACCAGCUUACCAUCGUGACCGAUGGUAAUAGCGAGGCGUUGCUGGGCGGUGGCGGAACCUACCAUCGUUACAUCACGCACCAAGGCCAUCGGUUCCGGUUUGCGACGCGAAAGCGCGAAGGUACCAUCUAUUGGCGGUGCGCAAUGCGGCUGGAAACCAAAUGUCCGGUUUCAUUCCACACGAAGGAGGACACGUACGAGCUGGUCAGUACGCGGAACCACGAACACAACCAUCCCAUCCCGACGGUGUGGCCAGAGGUGGCCGGUGGGCAAAUUAACGAAGAGCUACCGAAGGUGCGCAUGCCGGCUGAAGAGAUCGGAACAACAGAUUUCAUUCUGACGAAAAACUCCAAAGGGCGCGAUAUGGUACUUUACCGGAACGGACGCUUUUAUCUGGACUACUCGCGCAAGGAUGGCAAAAUUGUGUUUCGCUGUUCCGCAGUGUCUGGUUGCCGGGCGACGGUACUACUGUUGCCGAACAAAACGCUCCAAGUUGCGGAAGACUUUAGCCACAAUCAUCCCACGCUGGACGGGUGGGACGCAAGGGAAACGACGGCACUGAACGGUAAACCGGUUCCGGCGUUGGAUGAACCCAUCGAGCUCAAGUCGGACGAAGAGGAAGAUGAUGAAUCGGCCAGGGCUUCCGGUACGACGCAUCCAAGAGCGAGCGGCGAAACGAUGCUUCCGAAGAUCAUACUUUACGAUGGAUUUCAGUUCCGUUUCAUCUCGCGUCAUCCGACGGAGCAUAGUGCGUUCUUUCGCUGCUUUAACUUCGACGCCAAGAAGAACCAAUGCCACGCAUCGCUCUACACCGACCUGAACGGGGUGGUCAUACAAACCAACCAGCAGCAGCACAACCACGAACAGGGUGACUAUCUGAUGGACAAAUACCAGCAACGCCAGCAUAGCCAGCAGAUGAACUCGAACGAACUGAUCGGUACGCAGGAUUACAAGAUUGUGAAGAAUUGGAAAAAUCGCGACGUGCUAGUGUUUCAAAACUGUCGCUACUUCCUGCACUACGUGCGUAAGGAUGGGCGCAAGGUUUGGCGCUGUUCGGCAAUUCGAAGUUGUCACGCUGCCGUGUAUCUGAAUGCCGACGGAACGGUCGAUCAGAUCCGCGGACAGCACGUGCACGAGAUACGCCCUGAAGGGGAACCACGGCGCAGACGGCGUAGAAAAAAGAGUGAAUUAAUGUUCCCGUACGGGGUCGGUUCGGGGAUGGACAUCUUCGGUAAUGGGAUGCUAGCGGCUGAGAUGAUGGCCCGUGGGGUCAGCAUUAAUGGAUCUUCGGCUUCACUGAACGGUGGCACUGUUGGCAAUGGAUCAGUAAAUGGUGGUGGCAACUUGGGAUCGAACGAGUGGAUUGACUACAGUGACUACGGCAUACAGAUGAGUGGUUCCUCGAACGAUACUGGUGGUAGUGGCGAGAGCAUGAACCGUGCCAAUGGGGAACACCAUGCACUGUGGGAUCAAUUCCAUCCAGGACAGGGUGUUACGGCGGGCGGUGGAGCAGGAACUGAGGGGGAAGGAUUUGACCUUAGCUACCAUUCGGUGUUUGGUAGUCAGGAAAGCUUUAACACGUAUGCCGUCCAUGCGCUAGCACAACAUCACCUACAGCAGCAGCAGCAGCAGCGAUCAGCGGCCAGCCUGCAACAACAUUUGCAUCAUCAGCACCAGCUGCUACUGAACGGCGGUGGACAGUUGCAGCAACAGCAGCGUCCCUCCAUCCGGCAGGACAGCAGCGAUAUGGAAGAGUACGACCUUUCCGGUCCGGCCAGCGAUGACGAACAUCCUCCCUUGAUCGACAUCACACCGGAGGUUAAGAUAGAAGGUGACGAUCUCUGAUCUUUGACCAGCGGAGCUCGACCAUUAGUACCGCUGGUACCAGAAAUGUGAUUGGUACCAAAUUUCCAUGUUCACAAAAAAGACAGAUUGUUGAUUACUCUGCACAACACGUAUACGUUAACUAGAAAUGAUGAUGAAACGUUUUGUUUCCCUCGAUAUUCCCUAGUUUUGCGAGAGAAAGUUUGUUUCUUUAACAAAAACAUAAUCGGCCAUUUGUUAUACUAUUACUAUUACGAACUGAAGCUACGUUUUAUUCAUUCCUUUGAGCGAAACCAGUCAAAAUUUAGUUUUUAUACGAGGAAGGCGCAAGGAGAAAAAGAUUUUAGAGUAUAGUUUUAGAAUGAUGUUAACAAAAAAAAAAAACAAAUUGUGUCUAUAAAAUAGUUACGGUAUGUCCGAGAGGGGUUAACAUAGUAAUGAACGGAACUUCCACAUGUUGUGUCCAAUGUGUCCAACUACAAUGCCAAUUCCGCAGAUCCUCAUUGGCAUCCAACGUUCAAGAUUAGUCUCGAAAAGGUUUUCAAAAGGUCAUUCAUCUCGCCUUUUAAAAAAUACAUUCUCAUUCGACUGUCUAGACAAAAUUAGAAACGAUUGGAUGACAGCCAGAAGCAACCUCUUGAAGCCUAGGUGGUUUAACUAUGUUUUGAUAACUAACACGCCCUGCGAGGCCUUGAAGCAAAACUGGCUUCCAAAUAACCAGUUUGGUUGCCGAUAAACAAAACAUGCAGCAUGUUCAAUCUGCAUGAGCUGUCUGCCCGAAGUCUAGCAUAAAUUAAAGGUCUGCGUCGCUAUGAUGCGAAGGAGAGCAAAACAAAACCACUCUCCACUCUGUCUGACCUAUAAUGGGAAGCUGCUCGAAAGGAAUUAGUAUAACCCGUAUUAUAAGGAUUGUUUGUGCAGUCUUGUUUUAAUUUGUAUUGGCAUAGCAUAGAACAAUGAAAUAUUAAAUUUAGUUAAAACGAUAUAGAAAGCGAAAAGGGAAGGGAAAGAACGGGAGAAAAAGCCCUGUAAGUGGUUUAGAAUAGCCUUUUAAGAAAAAAAGACAAGAAAUCAAGCAAACGGAAAUAACAACACGCAAAUCCAUUGCUGUAGAAUGCCAGUGAGACUAUUAGAACAAAUGAAUAACGCACAAAACAAAAGAAAACAAAAGAAACAGGAUUAGAGCAUCAAAGGAAUUUAGAUACGAUACUAGAAAAAAAUGUCUAUAAAUUUAACGUAAAAAGAAAGGAAACAAAACACAAUCAUUAUGUAUGCUGAUCGUGUUUCGCUUCUUAUCCGCAAAACAUUUGUUAGAAUUUGCGAUGAAGAUGAAGUUGUUUUUUGUUGUAGAGAGAUUGUUAAAUUACGUUUUACGUGUGAGGAGCAUGAAAGAAAAUAGAAAAUGAGGCUACGAUACGCAGAAGCGCACCCUCUCUUUGUUCGAAUGGAGUAAACGUUGUUUAGUACUGCAAAAGUAAAACAUUUCCAUUGGAAAGAGCCAGACGUAGAAUUCGCAUUUUGUAAUGUUUUAGUUGAAAACAACAGUUUCGGGCUGAUAAAAGUGAGUACGGCAUACAAAUUAUACGGCUGCAAUUGUACGGUUUUGUAUUAUGUUGUCAAAAUUUAGCCCAGGAUUUAGUAAGGAACGAAGCGUAACGAUUUAGUGGUAGUAUAGUAAAGAGAAUUAUAGCAAAUAUAUAGCAUACAACUACCGAAUAUACACCGAUACAGACAUAGAAUUGAGUUAAACGAUCGAUGCACCGCCUGGCUGGUGUAUGCAAAAGAGACCUAGCGAUACAUAAACUCUUCCAUAAACUUCACGUAGACGCCUAAACAUACUCAAAAUGAACCAAUGUAUGUAUACUCAGAAACUCAUCACCACGCACUGAUAACGCAGGAAAGGAAACCCGUUCAGAUGCAUCCUGAGCGCGGUCCACUAGAAAUACAUUAGUACAGCAGCGCAUACAUUCGAUAGCCGAUAUAGAUGAUUUUGCAAUAGAGCAACAAACAUACAAACACUUAUAAUAGCUGCUUACUGGUGGCAAAAAGGAUACAAUCCACUGUGAGAAGUGGGGAGGAAAGAUGAUUGUUUGCCAUGUGCUAAACCUCACUAGUGGAAAUCAAAAUGACAACAAACAAUAGUAGUAAAACAAAUACACCAACACAUGAAUAG